AUGGCAAUAUAAAGAAUAAAGGAAUAAGAGGUGUCAUACUCUUAUCUCUACAUCGUUGUAUCAUACAUAGUGAUCAAGUAUCUUUUGGAACAAUUUAUCAAUCUGAGACAAUUGGAUUAAUUGUCAGUGAAACAGAUGCCUAUUCAUAUUGAAUAGACUCUGGGAAUCACACAGAAGCAAUUCAAGAGAAGUUAGCGAUUCUAUUAUGACAAACUGUAAAUUUGAUUUGAUGUUGCUUAGGUCGUUUGAAAUGUACACGAAAUCAAUAAAAACAGCAAUGGAGAUUAUUGUAAUAUUAUGUGGAGUGAUGCCUUUUAUUUGGGAUAGGACUGUGACUUUCUUUAAGAUGGACCCGAACUCAGAGGUAAUUCCAUUUUGAUUAUAGUUUCAAAGAGGAUUGGCAUAUAUCUUUGUGGAGUUUUUACGCCUCAAAUUAAUUGAUGUUCCUAAUAAUUUUUAUAACACUCACGUGAUAGAGAAGCGAUAUGAUCUGAGUCAAAUAUCAUUCGCUCUGCAAUUCAGUGAUCUCGUCAUUGAAUCAGCAUUGUGGGUGGUCUUUGUACCAAUACUACUCUACUCCUACUUAUAUGUGGCUGAACUGGGAGGAGACUACUUUUUCAUAGCGGUAUAAUCGACUACACAACAUAUAGAUGCAAUUCUUUGUACUGAUCAUGGCAAUAGUGUCCAGUCUCGUCUAUCCUAAUUAUAUUCAACCACUAUUCAACGAAUUCGAAGAACUCAAAGAAACUCAACUCAAAUCAGCCAUCAGCCAAUUAGCAUUCAGAAUGAAUUUCCCCUUGGAGAAGAUCCUGGUUAUGGAUGGGUCCAAACGAUCAGAUCAUUCAAAUGCCUACUUCUUUGGCAUGUACAGUAAGCGAAUAGUGCUGUAUGACACUCUCAUCAAUAAUCUGACAAACGAGGAGAUUGUGGCUGUGGUUGCACACGAAUUGGGACAUUGGAAAUAUAGACAUCCCUAUAUCAAACUAGUAUUCUUCUGUAUCAAAAGUAUGCAUUAGUAUUUAAUUAUAGUUCUGAUCACUUUCUACAUCUUUGGGUUCUACAGAGAUUCGGAUGUCGUGUUCUUGAGUUUUGGGUUCAAUGAGAAGUCCAUCUUCAUAGGGUCUGCGUUGUUCUUCUCUCUCUUUGAACCCAUGAAUACGUUGUUCCAAAUAUUCGAACUCCAUUUGUCCCGUUUCUUUGAGUAUCAAGCUGACAUAUUUGCCAAUCGUCAUGGUCUUGGGUCGUAUUUGAUGAGUGGGUUGAUCAAACUGUUCAAAUAGAAUUCCACGAAUUUGAUGAUAGACCCAAUCUAUCAAUGGUACUAUAACAGUCAUCCUUCAUUGUUUGAGCGAUUAAAAUACUUAAAUAAAUUGAGAUGA